AUGGCUCUAGCCCAAUUGCGUCUCCUCUUGCUAACUAUUUUCCUACGUUUCAUAGCUGCACAACAGAAUGAUGGUUCUGUAUCUGUUGGUGCAUCACUCACCGCCACACCCGAUGUCAAGCCAUGGCUUUCAUCUUCAGGUGAAUUUGCCUUUGGGUUCCAACAAGUUCAAGGGAACGAUAAUUUCUUGUUAUCCAUAUGGUAUGACAAGAUACCUGACAAGACGAUCAUCUGGUAUCCAGAAGAAGGUCGGAUGGUGCCUACUGGAUCCAAAGUUGAGCUACUUCGUGCAAGUGGACUCGUACUGAGUGAUCCUCAGGGAACAUAG